UGCAGAAUAAAAUCUUGCGGGCAUGCAUGAAUGCCAGUUGGUAUACAAGGAAUCAGACGUUGAGGGAUACGUAUGGGAUAAAAAGCGUAGAUGAAGUAUAUCAGUUGGCUAGCGAUAGAUUUGCGAAGUCACUAAGCUGUCAUCCGAACAUUGAAGCUCGGAAACUGAUACUAGAGCCAUUUAUACCAGUGCGGCUACUAAGGCCCAGGUACACGGAGCAAUUGGAUAGAUGCAUGGCGCCACUACGGCAGCAGCAGUUAACACCGCAGAGAGAGGUAGCUGAGGAGAGGUUGCCAACGCUGCUGCAGCUAGAAGAAGAUGAGCAAGAGGCUGAAAGGAGGGCCGCUAUGCUUGCCGAGUGGGAACAGAGGCGAGCUAUGGGGCCACCAAAACGCUUUGAUGAAUGCACAAUAAACAUGCUUCGUCGCAAACUUAAAGCGGGCACAAUAACUCGCGAAAACUUAAUGCUGCUAAUCGACAACCAGCCACCACAGAUACAAUGGCUAAUUCUACCUGAGCUGCAGCACGAACACCUGCAGCGGCAGCAUCAGGAACUAAUACGGACGGCAGAGCCGGCCCCAGGGGCCAUAAUACAAUCGGCUAUAGAUACCGAUGAAUUGCAACUAGAGCGCAGCCUUGAUAUGUUGGAGCAGGCACUGGGACAGGAGAUGGAUGAAGCGCUCAUUAUUGCAGGAAAUAAUAUUCAAAUUGAAAUGCAGCAGCGGCUCGCAGACAAUGAGUCAGUGCAGCUGAAUACAAAUGAGCUGCAAAUGCAGCAUGGCCAACGGCUAUGCGGCAGCAGCACUAACAACACAAAUGCUACUAAUACUAACAAUGUAAACAAUGAUAAUGAUAGUGAUUUUGAUAAUGAUGAAUUUGAAUUGUUCUUGUCAACUUACCUGCAGAAGAAGGCUGAAUUGAAUCCCUCGUUGGUACACUCAGUACAGCCUGGCCCGCUCUCCAUGCGGCGGCAAAAUAACUUAUAUCCCUCGCUGGUCUAUAUAGUACAGCCUGGCCCGCUCUCCCUGCGGCGGCAAAACGAUCUACAUCCCUCGUUGCAGCCUGAGACUGAGCCCGGCCCGCUUUCUCCGCGGUGGCAUAACUAUGUCCAUCCAACGAUGCAGCAGCAACUGCAGCCUGAUUCGCUUCCUGAGCGGCGGCAAAACAAUACAAAUUCCGAGCAGUUGCCACUGGAUUUGCCUGGGCUCAUUGUGGAGCGCCUGGUUGACAGAUGUCCAACGACGCAGCAGCUGAUGGAGCCUGGCCCCCCUGAGAAGCUGGAAAUGCAGCUGGUGCCUGUGCGGGGGCAGCCUGGGUCAUCACGGCCGCCAUCGAUGACCGAGCAUUGA